CAUUUAUUGUUAAAUGUACAAAAAGCUGUGAAUUUGAAGUUCGAACACAAGUAUGAUGGUGUAAAAGAUAUGAUCUGAAAAGAGGUGGGGAUCAGAUAUCGCGGUAUGAGUUGAAACGGAAUAUAAAAUAUAGCAGUGUUUGCAAUCUAUCACAAUGGGAACAGACUCUGAUGUGAUUGCUCUGGGACUUGUCGACAACGAGGAGCUGGAGAACCCGGAGGAGGUAUCUGAGAGACUAGAACCAUACGGGGAGGACCCACCAAUCUCCGACCUACUGAACCCUGAUGAAGUCUCUGUCACCAUGGAAACACCUCCUUCUUCACGAAACCCUUUCCGGGUAAUGUUUGAGGUGGUGAAGAAGACGUGGAAUACGUUCACCAGAGAUACAAAGCGAGCUAUACUCGCUAUCAUGGGUCUUGCUAUCGUCUUGGCUAUCGUCGUCAUCGCUACCGUCAGUAAGUCAGCGAGUAUCAGAGAGCCUAAAGCGGAGUCCAUAUGGGACGAGAUAAGGCUGCCUACCACAGUGGUCCCAAGUCAUUACGAUGUGAAACUAAAGAUAGAUAUGACAAACGAGAGAUUCACUGGAUCUGAAGAUGUUUAUAUUGAGGUGACUAAUACGACGGCGGUCCUGCUGAUACACAUUAACGAUGUGCACAGUGAUACACAAGGCUACGAGAUGAACAUUACACAGCACUCCGUGCAUCGCCUUAAUGAUAAGGGUGAAACGGUGGGGUCUAUUCCGGUGAAGCACGCCUUCCCUUACACUAAAAACAGUUUCUAUGUCAUGAAGUCGAAAGAGGAAAUCGUGCCAGGUAAAUAUAAGAUCUACUUCGAAUGGGAGUCUCGCUUGGUUCGAGGACUGGACGGGAUUUACAUCAGUAGCUACAAGGAAGAUGGGCUUGACAAGAAAGUACUAGCUUCUCAAAUGGAGCCCCUCGCAGCCAGGAAAGUGAUGCCAUGUUUUGAUGAGCCCUCUUUUAAAGCCACCUUCUCCAUGGAGAUAACAGCGGAAAAUACCUACCCGCUAGUCCUGUGGAACAUGCCAGAGAUUAGCAAUACUGCUGUGGACGAUACAUGGAACAAGUUUGUUUUCCAGAAGAGCGUCAAAAUGUCAACUUACUUGCUGGCUUUUGUUGUAGCAGACUUUAAGUGCACUGAACCGAUCAUUGAAAGUACUAAAGGAGUCAAGGUAAGAACUUGUGGUAGAAAAGGACCUGUUGAUGCAGGAGCAGAUUUAUACUCCGCCAAAAUCACAGCAAAGAUUAUUGAUGAGUACGAAACAUUUUACGGGACAGACUUCCCCCUUCCGAAGAUUGAUUCAGUAGCGGUACCUGACUUCAGUGCGGGAGCUAUGGAGAACUGGGGGUUGAUCCUGUACAGAGAGACAGCCCUGCUCUGGGACCCCAAGAAAGACACAUACAACAACAAAGCCAGAGUUAACACUGUUGUGGCUCACGAGCUGGCUCACCAAUGGUUUGGAAACCUGGUCACCAUGAAAUGGUGGAAUGACCUGUGGCUAAACGAGGGGUUCGCUUCUUAUGUCGAGUGGAUUGGAACUGUCAAAUCUGAACCUCAGUGGAACUACCUUGACUUCCAGACUUUUUCCGACAAAUCUCGAGCCUUCGCCAUAGACUCCUACAUGAGUUCCCGACCCGCUUCAGUCGACGUUUCUAAGCCUGACGAUAUCACUGCUCAGUUCGACUCUAUCUCCUACUCUAAGGGCUCGGCGUUGCUAGUGCAGGCUAAAAUGUUCAUGGAUGGUACUGAAUCGACAACUGAGAACUUUGAGAAUGCUAUCAGGAGUUACGUGAAACAGUAUGAGUACGGUAACGCGGAACAGACUGAUCUUUACGAGCAGUUAGACAAGAUAUACGGAGCUAAGAAGGACACAUCUGAGACUCGUGUAAAUAUAAUUGAAGUGAUGAAUACUUGGACUCUGCAAAUGAACUUUCCUGUUUUGGAAGUAAGACGUUAUGAUGACAACCAUAUUGCCAUCUCUCAAAGACGGUUCCUUAUUUCAGGAUCUGAUGUGUCUGGGGACAAAGAAUCUCCUUACGGGUACCAAUGGUAUGUGCCCAUCGAAUACAUGACAAGGAGCCGAUAUCGAGUUCGCGUGGCUGAAACCUCAUGACACGGUCCUUAUAGAGUUUGAUUUCUCCGAUCUUGAUAGCUUCAUCAGGCUGAACAUGAACAGCGCGGGUUACUACAUCGUUAACUACAGUUUUGAUCUCUAACGCGAGGCUCACGAAACAUAUCAGUGAUGAAGAAAACUACAAGGCUCUAAAAAUACCAGAAGUUCAGGGCUUACUGUACGACACAUUCCUGCUGGUUAGUGCCGGAUAUAAACCUAUGUCAGACGGUGUAAAGUUGAUAGACUUGAUGUUACCAUUCGAGAAGAGGCUUGUACCUCUGAGGGAGAUCAGUCGGCAGAUAUCGGGUGUGGCCGUCCAUAUCUCGGAGGAUGAGACACUUUAUAAGCAAUGGAAGAGCAAGUACCAGGGCACCUUUAAGACACUGUUUGAUGAAUUCGGGGCCGACUACUUCAAAGCUAACGCCACAGCUGAAAAAGACUUACCUACUGAUGCUGCCAACAACGGUUUCCAAGACAGGCUGGGAAAAUACGUUUGCUGUUUCCCGUUAGCAUUUCGCUUUUCGAAGUCGAGGGUGUGUUUAAUGUUGCAAAAGCUAAAAUUUGAUCCUAUAAAAACGGCUUGGGGGCCCCAAAUCCGAGUUUAAGAUUACUAUGCUGAACACGGUUAUGUUUUGUAGGGAAAUUUUGAUUGGGCCCUUUUUGUUAUAGAUUAAAAAUGGAAAAAAUUCUUUUGGAAAAAAUCCCCGGGAAAUUUUGGGCUCAGCCAGUGGGAAAACAAACAAAUUUUUCAGUUUAGGUCUGAUUCGGACAAGGAUCCCCUCCCAAAAAUAAUUUCUCCGAGUUUUGCCUGGAUCCUACCUUAGUGCGUCGAAGUGACUCCCUCUACAUACUGGGCCGGAGUAUCGCUCAAACUAAGCUUGGACGAGAGGUUUCUUGGGAUUUUUUGGUGGCAAACUGGCAACGGCUCACCGAAGAAUUCACAGAUGCCCUAUUUGCUGUUGAUGCUUACAUCGCUGGAGUUCUGUCUGAUUUCGCUGACCAGGACAAACUAGACGAGAUAACCCCGAGUUCUUUUCCCGGGCAAUGGAAAGUUGGGACCUGGCAGAGCAGGGUUUCGAAAUCAAACUUUUUCGAGUAUUUUUUUAAGGGAAAAAUUGGGGUUUGGCCUUGGGGAAACACCAAAAAACUGCUGUUUAGGGAGUCAGGGCAAAAAAUUUUGCUGAAUUUAAAAAUUAGGGGGUGGUUUUGUGACAUACUACUGAUUUCUCAACCCCCAGGGUUUUAAAACGAUGAUGGUUUUUUUUUCAUUUUUUGCUUUUUUAAUUUUUUAAAAAAAAAAAAAAAAAUGCUUUAUAAUUUGGGGAUUAUCAAAAUUUUUUUAAUAAAUAACCAAUAUAGUUUUUUGUUAUUGACAGGUUUCAGGGUUAUUGUAGUUUAUUUUUUAUGGCAUGAUCCGAAAUACUUGGGCUCAUGUUGAUUUGUUUCAUAAUAUUGAUCAAUAUUAAUGACAACUU